AUGAAUUCCUCAAAGAUUAACAAACUGGGGGUGUAUCCUCGAGAAAAACGUAAGUGUUAAGCAAACUCGAAGGCUCUUCGGCUAAUAAAUAUAGGUUAGGUGCACGCUUUGACCGAAUUCAAGGGAAAAUUAACACCCCUUUUGUUAUGAUUGGUUGAACUUUGUAACAAGAUCACGUGAUUUGCACCAACACGUGUCAAGUUCUUUGAGAACAAGAGGCUGUGAGAGCGUAUAUAUUUGGGCGUGGUCGUACUACGCGUAGGAUACUUUGAACAUGCCUUACUGCCGCUAAGCAACUGUCAUCAUAUAUUACCAGAGAAGAUAAAUCCUUUACUCUACUUGUUUGCUGAAUCACACAUUACACCGUAUGUCCCAAUCCACAAAAAAAAUGCUGUCAUUUCAUGACAAUGUUUGAAAAUUUGCACAUCUUCAAUGCCGACAUGCUUGGAGCCAAAUUGCAGCAUAGGACAUACCGGUAAGUGGUUACAGCGCGGAGAGUAAGAUUUAUCUCAGCUCCACUGAUAUUGACACUUUGAGGAAGAUUGACUGACAGAUGUGUUUUCACACCCAUCACAUUGUACAGGGUAUUCCGGUUACUAACAAGGGCAAAUAAAGUUCCUUAAGUCCAGUAUCCACAAGGAUUAAUAAGAGAGUAACACACGCACAUUGCAUAAACUGCUAUAGGGCAGCACUGGUUACAGGAACAUUGGUAACUAUUAACAUUUGAUAUACUACAAUGUUCAAAGUUGCUUGAGAAAAGAUGAGCUCAAAGGUGGCAAUACGUACGCCUUUAAGUUCAUAUAUGUAUGUCCUCAUUUCUAUGUAGAGUCUGAAAAUAUUGUCCUAAUUUAUGCAUGGAUGGUAUUUCCAACAAUACACGUCCCUUCACUAUGACUGUUAUGAUACAUAUCUCUAGCAUGAGAAUCAAAUACUUUAUAUCCCCCAGCCUCAAUGCUGUAGAUACCAACACCAAUAAUUGCCACCGUUAAAAUGAAUAGUUGUAGUUCAGUGCCAAGAGUGUUUCAAAUGCUGUACCCUGUGAGUGGCAUAUAUUUAUUUAUUCUAUUUUUUAUUUUUGCUCUAUCCUAUAAUACAUUAGUUUUACAAUAAUACAAUAGUUGUACAAUAUCAAUUGGUACAAAGUUGCUUAAACUACGUGUACAUAAUAAUAAAAGAAGAAAAUUAGAAUGGAGAAGGGCACAUUAUAGUAAAACUAAUCAUGGCCCUUUAACAAGAUUGACUUUAUUCUUUUGUAGUUUUGUGGCAUAUACAGUAGUGAUACCCCUCAAAUCUGGGGUCACUAUGGAUGUUACAAGUAUAACUGUCACUGUAUUCGAGGUGGAAAAAUUGCUCAAACACUGUAACCAUUCCUGGCAAUUCUAUUGUCUUGCAAGCAGUGACAGACUAGAAUAUAAUUGAAUACCAACAAUCAUUAUUUGAGUCAUAUCAUCAACUGAAGUAAUCUUUGUUAUCUUACUGUAAAUUAAAGCGCACAGACUCAUUGCGACACAUUGUUGUCCAGCAUUUUCCCCAAAUACUGUAACGUUUCGUUGACAGUAUGGAGCAUGAGUUGUUUUUGUAGCAUCUACAUAAACUGAAGGUCCUGGAUUCUUCUCAAUAUCAGUACAAAGCUUAAAUUAGCCAAAAUUAACCUGGUGAUUCAAACUAUUGUAAGCACUAUAAAAUGGAUAAUUGUAUGUACAGAGGGGCAAAUUCUUACUUAAAAGCCUAUUUGGAUAUCUCAUUCCACCUAACCUUUUGGCAGGUUUCGGUUCAAAAGAAUUGCAUUUGGUAUUUCAUGUGCAGGCGAGGUUGCACAAAAAAUGGUUGAGAAACACUUCGGUGAUAUUUCAGGUGCGUUACUAGUUUUUGAUGAUAUUAUCAUUGGUGGUAAAAGUGAAGAAGAACAUGAUUUGAUCCUCCGCAAGGUUCUGAGAAGAGCAAGAGAACGUAAUAUUAAGUUUAACCGUGACAGAAUUCAAUUUCGUGUUAACUAAGUCAAGGAUAUGGGUGAAGUUGUUAGUGAACUGGGCUUCUCACCUGACCCAGAAAAAAUUUCGGCUAUUCAUAACAUGCCCACACCCUCAUGCAAGCAAGACUUACAAAGGUUAUUGGGCAUGAUCAAUUAUCUUAGCAAGUAUAUUCCCAACAUGUCAGAAUUAACCGCCCCUUUUCGAUCCUUACUCAAGGGUGAUGUAUCCUGGGCAUGGUUCCCUGAACAUGAUUUUACACUCACCAAAAUUAAGUCAGUUUAUAGUAGUGCCCCUGUUUUAUGCUUUUAUGACAUCAGCUUACCAACCACAAUUCAAGUUGAUGCUAGCAAAGAUGGCUUAGGAGCAUGCCUGAUGCAACAAGGCCAACCAGUUGCAUAUGCCUCACGUGCCAUGUCAAAUUCAGAGAUAAAUUACGCACCCAUAGAAAAGGAAAUGCUAGCAAUUGUUUUUGGGUGUGAGAGAUUUAAUAUGUAUACUCACGGAGCUGAAGUUGAAGUGCAUUCGGAUCAUAAGCCUCUCGAAAGUAUCUUUAAAAAGCGUCUAUUUAAAGUUCCUCCCCGCUUAAAAAAAUGAGGCUCCUUUUACAGAAGUAUGACAUUAAAGUUAAGUAUGUCCCAGGAAAGUUUCAAUACAUUGCUGAUACCCUCUCCAGGGCAUGCAGUGCGUCCCGUAUGCCCAGUAUGCCCAGUGACAGUGACAUGCAUAAAGACAUGGAGUAUUUUAUUCAUAGUGUUGUGUCUAGUCUCCCCAUCUCAGAUGUUAAGUUGAAGGAGCUAAGAGAUUUGAAUUCCAAUGACCCAACCAUGCAGAUGUUAUACCAAUACUCUUUACAGGGUUGGCCUGCUCAUAAGUGUGAUGUACACCCCCAUCUCUAAAGUCCUUUCGGGAUGUACGAAAUGAUAUUCAUGUCACAGAUGGAAUUUUACUCAAGGAUAAUAGGCUUGUUAUCCCAUCCCCAUGGAAAACAGAUAUUCUCCAAAAAUUACAUCUGAGUCACUGUCGGAUUGAAAAAAGCAAAGCCAGUGCAAGAAUGACAGUAUUUUGGCCAGGCAUGACUAUGAAGAUAUUGAAGAGAUAGUUUCUAGCUGUGAAAAAUGCAUGAAAUACCAGAGCAAACAACCCAAAGAACCCAUGCAAACUCACGAUGUCCCUUUAUUACCCUGGCAGACAGUUGGUUCAAAUAUUUUAGAGCACAAAAAUCAAAACUAUCUUGUGGUCAUCGAUUAUUAUUCAAAGUACAUUGAGGCACUCCAACUCAAGGGUGAAGCAAGUCAAAAUGUUAUUAUCAGUAUGCUUAUAGGUGUGGCAUGAAAAUCACAACAAUCAUUCCCACUUAUAGCCAGUCAAAUGGCCUUGCAGAAAAGGCUGUACACAUUGUCAAAAACAUGUUAGGAAAAGGAGGCAACCUAAUUGAUGGUCUCAUGGAGUAUUGCAAUACGCCAAUAAGUAAUUUUCCUUACUCACCCAACCAAAUGUUGUUCAGCCGGCAAGUUCGUACACAGGUUCCAGUCCACCGCAUAAUGUUAGUGCCACAAGUCUGUAAGGAUGUUCACUGAUUACUUGAAAGCAGAGAUUCCAACCCCAUGUGAUGGAAAAUAGGGAGUAAUUAUUAGCGCCGAAGGCGCGAGCUUCUAGGGGGGACUGGGGGCAUGCUCCCCCGGGAAAUUUUGCAAAUUUAGGUUCUCUCAAGUUCCAUUUCCUGAAUUUUGACAUCAUUCCGGCCUGAGUUAUAACAUACCAUAAUGCUUUUCACGAAGAAAGUAAGUAUAAUAUGAGUGUUUCACAGUGACAGAUCGCCAAAAAUUCUAAAGAUUAGCAAUUUUUUCCUAGUUUUCAGAAUUUUAUAAUAAAUCGGGAGAAUUUGGUAAAAAUCGGGAGAGCGGGAGGCAAGACAUCAAAUCGGGAGACUCCCGAUCAAAUCGGGAGGGUUGGAAUCUCUGUUGAAAGGUGUCAAGCUAAGAACAAGGAAUUCUAUGAUCGAGGUGCCAAACAGUUACCCCCACUUAAGGAAGGGGAUAGUGUAAAGUUCAGGAAACCAGGUGACAAACACUUAGCACCUACUGUAGUUAAGGGUGAACAUGAGGCUCCCAGAUCUUAUGUGAUUACUGAUGAGACGGGUAAAGAGUACCGUAGAAAUAGACGUCAAAUUCAUCUUACUCAGGAAUCACCUACUACUCUAAGCGAAUACCUAAAUGAUGACUCAGAUUCUGUAACUGACCAAUGUGAUGUAAACUUGCCCAGUGCAGAGUCUUAUGCUGAGUUGGAAAUGACAACUACCGACAACAAUCAGUCUUCAGGUCUGCGUGGCUCUACACGGGCUAAGUGCAUUCCAGUUUGGCAUAAAGACUAUAUCAUGUACUAGCAGAUUUAUAACUUAAGGUUUAUUCACAGUCGAGUUACUAUUCACUCCGUAUUCUAGCCCCACUUAUUAUUAGUAAUAUGAUUUGUAAAGAGAACUGCUAGCUUAGGAAGGGGAUGUUAUGAUUGGUUGAACUUUGUAACAAGAUCACGUGAUUUGUACCAACACGUGUCGAGUUCUUUGAGAAUAAACUUUGCUCUUGUGCGAAGUGGAUGUGCGUUCUCGAUCUCUUGCUCAUAACACCUUUAAACGCACAAAUGGACAAAAACCUUUUAGGAAAAAGCGAUAACACAAAGUGGUUUGGUUGUUUAUGAACAUUGAUCUUCAGUCUAACUGCGCACGUAUAGCUUAAAUAUGGGUUAUAGGCGAAUUAUGCUAUGUGGACAGUCGAACCUGCAAGCUACCGGCAUUGUGAAAAAUAAAUUGAAAACUGAAGUGAGAAUAAUAUUGUCAAUUGGGAAUUUUGGAAGUGACUGUACAAUAAAAAGUGUGAACGAUUAAUUCAUUUAAUUGUUAAUUGAUAACUCCAGAAAAUACCAUAUCAUACCAUAAUGCUCUUUGUUUAUCACCCCAAAAUUUUGCAUAAGCAUUGUUUUCAGUUUCUCUUGGGGCCAUUUAAUUCCCAAGAGAAACUGAAGCCAAUGCUUAUGCAAAAAUUUGACAAUAUUAUUCUCACUUCAGUUUUCAAUUUAUUUUUCACAAUGCAUAGCUUGCAGGUUCGACUGUCCACAUAGUUUACAGGAACAUUGGUAACUAUUAACAUUUGAUAUGCUACAAUUGCUUGAGAAAACAUUGCUUGAGAAAAGAUGAACUUCAAAGGUGGCAAUAUGUACGCCUUUAAGUUCAUAUAUGUAUAUCCUCAUUUCUAUGUAGAGUCUGAAAAUAUUGACCUAAUUUAUGCAUGGAUGGUAUUUCCAACAAUACACGUCCCUUCACUAUGACUGCUAUGAUACCUAUCUCUAGCAUGAGAAUCAAAUACUUUAUAUCCCCCAGUUUCUCUUGGGAAUUAAAAUGGCCCCAAGAGAAACUGAAAACAAUGGUUAUGCAAAAUUUUGGGGUGACAAACAAAGAGCAUUAUGGUAUGUUAUGGUAUUUUCUGGAGCGGUCAAUUGUAUAAUAUUAAUCCCUGGGUAUUGUUAUUCAUGACAUUAUAACAAGGUAUGGGGAAUCAAUCUGACCUGGGACAAGCCCAAGACAGACUGAAUUGAAUGUAGGUAAGCUGGAAUCCGACUUACUCGCUCGGGAGGGCGGGUGGGUCGCCAAACGCCCCUCUUGUCGGACACAGUGAAGUGAAUGGCACAAAGCGUGCUAAUGUUUCCUAUUAUAUAUACUCUCAGAGCUAGCUCCCAAGGACCCUUGGGGAUAAAGCUGUCACUCACAAGUACUAAGCAUAUUGAAACGUAACUUGCGGUUCAAAUUCCAACAUGGGGUCGAUUGCGAGGUGGAAGGUGAACACGACUAAUAAGCUCGUGAUAAUGUGAUACGUGACCUUAUAGUUUUGCUCUAACGAGGAUAUCUCCCAGCGAUUUUGCUCUUUUAUAUGAAAUCCCGCUCGUCUGGCUCGUUGUAUAUUUCUCUCAGUAGUGGUUGAUCUUGAAUUAAGUGUCAUUUGCUCAUUAAAAUGUUGUUAAGGUUCUGCAAAGCAGAGUGGUACGUGGUAACGAAAGGCAGAAUUUUCUUUUGCACUUCAUUGUUCUUUUGUAAAGCUGACUUCCGUUUGGUAAAUUUAACCUCAGAGGUGGCUUUUUUCUAUGAGAUUGUAAGGGUAACCUCUAGCGGGAAGGCGUUUUUUGAAGUUGUAGAUGUUCUCAUAGAAGGAUUUAGCUGAGGAGUUAGUUCUCAGAAGUCUUAGGGUUUAGCCCUUUAUGAGACCUUUUCUGACCCCGUGAGGGUUACAGGAAGAGAAAUGCGUGUAUUGAAAAGUUUAUGUAGGUUUAAAAUGUUUGCGGAUGUCAAGGAUUCCUUGGUUGUGAAAUCUCCUUUCCCAGUAUAUAGAAUCGAGAUUGAAACAAGUUUUUGUUUUUUUCCGGCCGCCUGAGGUCUUCGAGUCAACUUUCGCCUAAAUCAUUGUUAGAGAUAACUUUCGCACAAAGUAAACAAAUUUGCUCCUUCGAUGAGAUACACACACACGUUCAAUAGAUUUACUCGCAGUGGAAUCAGCACAUUCCGCCAUUGAAGUCAAAGACUCGCAAAUGAAACCUGAAACACCAAAUGCGAGUCACGCCACUCCCCAUUUUUGGCGCGAAAUGCAAAUGGGAACCCUUCAAGCGAGACAAGUCGACCUCUCGCGACUUCGUCGCUCGCGGUCGGCCGCUUUGCUGCCAAAAAAGGCUCGCUCCGCUCGCCAAGAGGUCGACUUGUAACAAGUCUAAGUUCUUUAUAUGCAGCAAGUUUCAAAAAACGAACAAUCAAAUAAUAAAUUAUAUGCGUUAUUGGUCAGUGUCGGUUCGGGUACUUUGAAGGUUAGUUCGUGACUAUAUUUCAACUUGACUCGUGCAUCCUUCGAUCCAUCCACCCAUCCUUAAUCCAAUAAAAUAAUUUUUUACCAUUGUCAUCACCAUACCAUCAUCAUCAUCAUCAUCAUCAUCAUCGUCAGCAUUGUCGUCGACAGCACCAUAAUCAUCUUUAUUUUCACCAUCAACAUCACCAUCGUCACCAUCAUCGCUAAUGAUCGUCAUUAUCUUCGUUAUCAUUAUUAUCGUCUUUGUCAAUCUCUCGGCAAGAUAGUCAUCAUCAUCGUCGUCAUUAUUAUUAUUACCAUCAUCAUCAUCAUCAUCAUCAUCAUCGUUAUCCUUCCUGUCACAUUGUCAUCAUUACCCUCUCCAUUAUCCUUCCAAUCACUUUAUCACAAUCAUCAUCAUCAAUAGCAACAACAGCAUCAUCUUCAUGAUCUUUAACGUCGUUUUAUUUGUUUUUCUUCUAGGACACUUAACCAUUGGAAUCUCGUCAAUCACUCGUCCAUUCAAAGCAAAUUACCUCCCCAGAACUGUAAAACUUUUAAUUGAAAAUCUUAGCGAGAAAGACAGGAAAGAGGUUUACCUGGUAAUAUUCUUGGCAGACUUUGAUGAAGCACUAAAAAAUGGUACAUUGAAAGAAUUUUUGACUCUCUUCAAGACAUUCACUGAUGACAGUUUACUUCAUGUGAUUGCUGCUCCGCGAGAAUAUUAUCCAGCCCUUUCAAAUAUGAAAACGAAAUUCGACGACUCACAGGAUCGAAUAAUGUGGCGUUCGAAACUGGUGAUAGACUUUUCUUUCUUAAUGUGCUAUUGUAAAGACUUUUCACCUUAUUAUCUUCAUUUAGAAGACGACUUGAUUCCAGCGCCAAGUUUUUAUCCAAAACUACAAGAUUUCAUCGCCUCGCAGAAGAAUCCGUGGCCAAUUUUAGACGCUGCAUUUAUGGGUCACACAGCUAAGAUUUAUCAUUCGACUGACCUUGAAAACCUCGCCUCUUUUUUCUUCCUCAUGUACGACGAAAUGCCUGGAGACUGGUUAAUAGCAUACUGGCGAGGAAUCAAAUACGAUGGGAAAUACUUCAAAGCCUUUGUACUACCCCACGCGUCGUUUUUCCAGCAUAUCGGAGAUAACUCCUCCUUUAAAGAGAACAUAAAUUCUUAUAAGUCAAAGGAGCAAUUUUUUGACCCAUAUGAUGUCAAGUACAGGGGCUUGAAUCCUCAAGCAACGAUUAGCAGCUCUUUUGUGUCUAGUGAUGGAUCACAACCCCAAAGUGCCUACACCAAGGGCACGGGCUAUUUUUGGGCCAAGCAGCCGAAGAGAGAUGACUUCAUUCUUAUCAAGUUUACUUCUGUAACCACCGUCCGUGAAGUAUUUGUAGACACGGGUUCCUUAAACGCCCCCAAAGAUAUACUAAGAUCGGGCGUUUUGCAGGCAAGUUUUCAAAAUGAAAAGAUGCCUGAUGAAGCAAACAAAGAUCCACAGUGCCAAGACUUCGAAACAAUCGGCCACUUCAAAGAUGGUAGGCUGAAAAUAUCUUUGAGCCAAAGUAGAAAACUACAUUGUCUAAGAAUUCUGGUCACUGGAGGUCAAAGUGAAUGGAUUUUUUUCAGGGAAAUUGAUGUUUUGCAGUCUUGA